AUGUCAAAGCAGUGGGCAGACCCUAAGGAUGGCUCUUUCAAAAGACAAGUCUCAUCCUUCAGAGAAGUAAUCUCGAAGACUCAUCCAAUAUACAAACCAGCUGCAAACAGAUACUGGCUAUACGUGUCAUUAGCAUGCCCAUGGGCUCAUCGUGCAUUGUUAACUAGAUCACUAAAACAUUUAAGUAGUGUAAUUGGUGUGGUUGUAGUACACUGGCAUUUGGAUUCAAAGGGUUGGAGGUUCCUACGUUAUCCAACCGAUAAAUCUUCGAUUGAUGAAAAUAUUUAUCAUACUGUUUCGGGUGGUAUUGAUAACACUCAGAGUAUCACCAUGAAACCAUUUGCCUCGAUCCCUAAUGAUUCGGACAGAUUAUGGAUAGAUGGUACUCCAGAUCCAUUAAAUCAAUUCGAAAGAUUGAGCGAUCUUUAUUUGAAGAGUGAUCCAGACUAUUCUUCUAGAUUUACGGUCCCUGUAUUAUGGGAUUCUGAAACAAGCACUAUUGUUAAUAAUGAAAGUAGUGAAAUCAUUAGAAUUUUGAAUAGUGGUGUCUUUGAUGAAUUUGUUACGGGUUCCUCGGAUGCUUCACCUAUCAUUGAUUUGGUGCCAAAGGAAUUAGAACCUCAAAUCGAUGAGUUUAAUUCAUGGGUAUACGAUAAUAUCAAUAAUGGUGUCUAUAAGGCAGGUUUUGCUGAAACUGCAAUUGUUUACGAAAAAGAAGUGAAAAAUGUGUUUCAACAUUUAGAUCGUGUAGAACAAUUAUUAAAGAGUAAAUAUCAAGCUUUAGAGAAAAAAUAUGGUCCUGACUCUAAAGAAAUCUUACAACAUUAUUAUGUUUUGAAUGGUCAAUUGACCGAAUCAGAUGUUAGACUCUAUACAACAAUUGUUAGAUUCGAUCCUGUCUAUGUUCAACAUUUCAAAUGUAAUUUGACCACAAUUAGAGAAGGUUAUCCUUUCAUUCAUUUGUGGUUACGUAAUUUGUAUUGGAAUAACGAUUCAUUCAGAUUAACUACUAACUUCAACCACAUCAAAUUACAUUACACUCGUUCUCAUACAAGGAUUAACCCAUUAAGUCUAACUCCAUUGGGUCCAAAUCCUCAUAUCUUACCUCUAUAA